UAUUUCCCCAUCUCUUGCCAUUUUCCAACUAUGAAAUCAAACCAUUUUGGCAACCAAAGCGGCAAUAUUUUCUGUUUGUCAAAAUCUCGACAAUUGAUAUUAUUGCAAGAAACACAAAGACACAAAAAUGGCAGGUAUAUCAAUCAUCAAAAAAGCCAUAGCCAAUUCUCUCUUCCUCAGCAGCAAUGUCUCUCGUGUUAGCUUCUCCUCCACCCCUACUUCUUCUGAGGGGUACCAUGCAUCAGAAGAAUAUAAAAGAAAACCGGACAACGAUAAAGGUUUUAAUGACGAUCGGACCGUGGCAGACGCAGGGGAUAGGAUUCUCGAGAUGAACGAAAAAACUAAGAAAAGCAUGGAAGAAUCCAUGGCAAAAAUCGAAAAGAAAAUCAAAGAUGCAAAGAAAAAAGAAGAGACUAGCAUUGCAGAUAACAUCAAGGAGAAGACAAGUGAAAUGGUACAUGAAACUAAAGAUAAAGUAAAGAAGAAAGCCCAUGAUGUGAAGGAAAAGACUAAAGACACAAUGGAGUCUAUAGAGGAGAAUACAAAGCAGAAAAUGCAUGACGCAUGGGAGGCAACCAAGGAGACAACACACAAAAUUAAAGAAAGUGUUGUUGGUAAAUGGGAUGGUGAUAAAGAAUCUAUUGAAGAUCAUACUGGCAGAAAGAAGAAAGAAAAUGUGAGAGUUGAAGAAACGUACUAGAGAAUCUGGUGGCAAGAAACAUUGAAAGAAGAUAUUCAUAAAGUUAGGGCAGACUUACAGUGUUAUUUAUGUGUUCGGCAGAAUUCAGCUACUUUAUUUACAUGUUUGGCAAAAUCAACAUGUUUGGCAGAAUCCAUUA